UCAUUUUAGAUGCGGGCACGGCGAGGAAGCUACGCUGGGUGUGGUGAAAUGGGCAGUAAGUGGGGGGCGUUCGGGAGCGGCGAACUUCAGGAGACCACACCCAAAGGCAAACUUGUGCCUUCUCCACCUACUCGCCACCUACAUGAGCAAAACUACUGUUCAAAGCCCUUAUCGGCUGUUAUUUCCAUCUCUGUUUUGCAACCCAUAAGUGGGCGAAUUAUAUCUAUUCUGGUCAGGUCCAGGCAGUGGCUUUGUAGUCAUACUUCGCAUGCGAGUGAAAUGUAGUCAGGAGGAAGCACACCGUAGGGAUGGGACCUCUGUUGCGACUGACCGUCACGUGAAUCCUGCCUAAAUCCAGUGAAUCCUGCCGCUAAAUGCUAGUAGGGUCUGCCGCCUGUUCCUUUAUUUCCCCGUAAAGAUGCGACAGGCGACUCUGAAAUCAUAACUGAGCCGCAGGAGUCAUCACAAAGGAUACAAGAUCGGCUCGGUUUUCCCUCCGCAGCUCGUGAAACCUCAGUGCACCUCCCGCGUUUCGUGGGGAAAACACGGGGUUUCGUGCUGUUCUUUUUGCACGAGGAGGAGCUUUUCGCAGAAAUACGAGUGACAGAGAGCAGAGUAGGUCCAACGCCAUGGCUAACGUGGAGGAGCCCGUAGUGGAGGCAUCGCAUGCCCACGGGCUGAUGAAGAGGUUCUACUCUCAGGACGACAGCCCCCUGACCCAAGAUGAGAUGGACUCCUUGAUGCAGCACGGCGAAGUGCGCUCUUUCAUCCUAGUCCACCGUCUUCGUGCCAUCCAUGAGGCCGGGGUGGCGCUGUUUCUGCGGGGGAUCCCGGUGACCUGCAAGGUGGACGUCACCGAGAGGUACACCACACAAUCCAAGGUGCGUGUGUCCACACUGUACACUGUCCACCUUGCGCACGGCGACUUCAGCUGGAUUAUCAAGCGAAAGUACCGGCACUUCCAAGACCUGCACCGCGACCUUUACAAGCACAAGAUGAUGAUCAGCUUACUCCCCCUGGGAAGGUUUGCUACCCAGAGGCAGGAACUUGGCGCCCUACCGGAGGAGAUGCCAUCUUUGCAUAACAAUGAAAGAGGCAGGAGGGCGUCCAGCAAGCCGAAACACCUGGAGGAGUAUCUGAAUGGGCUGCUGGAGCACAGCUUCUACAGGAACUACCACCGAAUGCUGGAGUUCCUGGAUGUUGGUCCUCUUUCCUUCAUCAAAGAUCUGGGACCUAAAGGGCUGGAGGGCUUCGUCCUGAAGCGUUCGGGGGGUCACCGCAUCCUGGGCCUGAACUGCUUCGGCCAUCACCAGUUCUGCUUCCGCUGGUCGCGACGGUGGCUGGUUGUGAAGGACUCCUUCCUGAUGUACAUGACCCCGGACGCCGAGGUGAUCUCCUUCGUGCUGCUCUUCGACCCCGAGUUGGAGGUGCUGGUGGGCCGAUGCUACACAGACACCGAGCACGGCGUCUGCAUCAAGAACUACGCCCGAACACUGAUCAUUAAGUGCAGCAGCUACCGUCAAGCCCAGUGGUGGAGUCACCAGAUCCGCCAGCUGUCUGAACCCUGCGACUUCCUGCAGGUGCAUCGUUUCGGGGGCUUUGCCCCCUCCCGUGAGGACACCCUCACUAAGUGGUAUGUGAACGGCUCUGGCUACUUUUCAGACCUGGCUGACGCGUUGGAACAGGCCAAGCAGGAGAUCUUCAUCACUGACUGGUGGCUGAGCCCUGAAGUUCACUUAAAGCGACCAGCUACGGACAACUACUGGCGUCUCGACUGCAUCCUGAAGCGGAAGGCGGAGCAAGGUGUGAAGGUGUGCGUGUUGCUGUACAAGGAGGUGGAGCUGGCGCUGGGCAUCAACAGCGACUACAGCAAGAGAACACUGAUGAACAUGCACCCCAACAUCAAGGUCAUGCGGCAUCCCGAUCAUGUUUCUGUGAUUGUCUUGCUCUGGGCCCACCACGAGAAGGUAGUAAUCAUUGACCAGUCAGUGGCAUUCGUCGGAGGAAUUGACCUGGCCUUCGGGAGGUGGGACAACAGCCACUAUAGGCUGACCGACUUGUCAGUCACAGAGACGCCCAAUCACGUUUCAGGAUCAGAGGCUUGCGACACAGUGGGCGACGAUCCAGACGGGUCAGCCUCCCAGCUACUGCCUGGCAGGUCCGAGUCAAAACCGGCACCGACUGAGUCUGAGGACUUGUCGCAAAAUAGCCAGCUGUGGCUGGGGAAGGACUAUAGCAAUUUCAUCACCAAAGACUGGGUGCAGCUGGACCGGCCCUUUGAAGAUAAUGUCGACCGCUCCCAAGUGCCACGCAUGCCCUGGCGCGACUUCGCUGCCGCCCUGCAUGGGAAGGCUGCCCGGGACGUGGCACGCCACUUCAUCCAGCGCUGGAACUUCACCAAGAUUUUCAAGAGCAAAUACAAGGAUGACUUCUAUCCGUGUCUGCUACCGAAAUCCCACAGCACGGCGGACGAGCUGCCGUACAGCGUGCCGGGCUGCGGGAGGGCGUCAGUGCAGGUGCUGCGCUCCGUGGACCGCUGGUCGGCCGGCACGUGCGAGAGCUCCAUUCACAACGCCUACCUGCACCUGAUCGAGACCAGCGAGCACUACAUCUACAUCGAGAAUCAGUUCUUCAUCAGCGGUGCGGAUGGGAAGAACGUGCACAAUGGUAUCGGGGACGCCAUCGUGAAACGCAUCCUGCGAGCCCACAGUGAACAGAAAACGUACCGGGUCUAUGUGCUGGUGCCUCUGCUGCCUGGAUUCGAAGGGGACAUCAGUGCUGGGGGUGGCAAUGCCAUCCAGGCCAUCCUGCAUUUCACGUACAGGACCAUGUGUCGGGGGGAGUUCUCCAUCCUGGCCAGAUUAAAGGAACAUAUACAGGACCAGUGGUGCCAGUACAUUUCACUGUGUGGUCUGCGCACGCAUGCCCAACUCUCCGGGUCGCUGGUCACCGAGCUCAUCUACGUGCACAGCAAGACACUGAUCGCCGACGACCGCCGCUACAUCAUCGGCUCCGCCAACAUCAACGACCGCAGCAUGCUAGGAAGCCGGGACAGCGAGGUAGCAGUGCUGGUGGAGGACAGGGAGCGGGUGCCUUCGCGCAUGGGGGGGGGUGACUACGAGGCGGGCCCCCUGACUCUGGCCCUGCGCAAGGAAUGCUUCAGGGUUCUCCUGGGGGCCGACGGCGACCCCAGCAUCGACAUCCAGGAUCCGAUCAGUGAGGAUUUCUUCCAGGAGGUGUGGAACAAGACUGCCGCAUUGAACGCCAGUAUUUAUGAGACGGUGUUCCGCUGCCUCCCCUCCGACUCCAUCCCCAACCUGCGCGUCCUGCGGGAGCUGAGCCCAGCGGAGCGGCUGUGCGAUACGGAUCCCAAGAAGGCACGGGAGCAGCUAGGAGCGGUGCGCGGCCUGCUGGUGCACUAUCCCCUCCACUUCCUGUGCGAGGAGAACCUGCUCCCACCACUCAGCAGCAAGGAGCGCAUCGUGCCCAUGGAGGUGUGGACGUAGCGGGGAGGCUAAUCCCAGGGUCAGCCAGGCCACAAGCCUGGGGUAACUGGUUAAAGACCCACUGACCGUAAAAAAAAGACACUCAAUUUCUAUAGUUGCCAUAUUUUGCACACAUUCUUUAUCAUGGGGGUUGAGAAGCCCCCAUUAAUUCCCAGCCCUCUCAGAGCUUCUGAGCUCUAGGAGUUUCCGGGGCAAGAUGCCAUGCGGUGUUCUGGAUGCAGAUAGUGCUCCGGUCCACACGCACCAUUGCAGUCGACCACGUUGCAGCCCAGAAUGCACUGCACUCCACACUGCUGGUUUGGAGGUAAAACAGGAGCCGUGACACUAAUGAGGGCAGUGAAGCCAGGGAAGGGCAACAUGGCAGAUUUUCUUCUUCCUCUGUAGCUCAUCUUCAGUUGAGGUGUAACUGAAAGCAAUGGGGGUGGUGGGGGGGGGGGAGUUUUUAACGCGCUGUUACCAUCUCUGUGGUGUGGGAGAGGACGUGCGCCACUGCCCUGCCUCCAUCCUGCUGUGUGAACAUCCGUGGUUGUUAUGGUGACGGACGUUAAAAGCAGAUGGGGGGGUGCAGGGAAGAAAUGGGGAACGGGAUGGACGGAAAGGCCGGGGUGCCGGGCAGGAGGGUCAGCCAUAGGGACAGAGAGAAGGGGAUGCGAGGAGUUAAAAGGGCACGAGGGACCAAGGGGACUCCUGCGAAGAAAUCGCUGUGCCUGCCGCUGCUGUUACCGUGGCAACCAAGUGAAUUAUUAUGUAACGCUCCUGUUGACGGCUCAGAAUCCUCCAUUGUGUGUGUGUGUGUGUGGGGGGGGGUUGUAUGUAAUGUUAUUGUGAGACAGAUUGACAUCACUGCCUCCAAGUGCUAACGCGCUACUUUAUUUGUCGACUUAGAAGACAUUCUUACAUGAAGUUACCUACGCGUCCUAUGUGAAUCCUUACAGCCCGCAAUUCACAGCUCACUCAAUUCGGGUCUAGGACCGUGUCCGCCGGUACCGGAAACCCGGUAUAGUUCCUCGUUCACGAGUCCGGUUCUUUAACUACACUACACUAAACUGCCGGUAACAACAACCAACAAAAAAAAAAAAAGCAACAAACUUAAAUUUGAACUGAAGUUCCUGCUGUGGAUAUAUGCAUUUAGCCGAGGUCUAUAGUAAGUAAUCGGCACUGAUCGAGAGACGUCUGAAAGCGGACGUAGUAGGACAAUAGCGGGUGUAUUCAUUAUAAAGUGCCGUGCUUUUAUAUGUAUAUUAUUUCCUGUAGAGUACUGUGUGUAUAUUACAGUACUGAGCUUAAUGUCUUGUCUCUCCCCUAUACCAGCGACUCUCAACGUAUGGGCCGCGACAAGUUCUGAAACGGUUGUGAGGCGGAGUUGGAAUUGCAAGCGUUUUAAAACCAGCAAGCUCCACCCCAGCCCUAGAAUUUACCUUUAUAAAUUGGUUUUGGGUCUGCAAAUGCUUAGCGCAAAAAAAGUGAACAUUUUACCAAUCCAAGAAGCCAAAUCGCGGAUGCUUAAUUUAAUAUUCACUGGCACAUCCAAUCAGAUUUGUGCGAUAGGCAUUGAUUUGCGUAAAUUGCAGAUCGCACUGCGCGCCUAAUAGUAGCGGUAAUUUAAACCUAUGCUUUAUAUCAGGGGUAGGGAACCUGAUCCAUGGAAAGCCGGUGUAUCAGCCAAUAACAGUGGAUUCCAAGGACUGGAGUUGAGAAUCGCUGCUUUAUUAUUGGCUGACUGAGGUCAUCCCAAAAACCGGCACGCACACCGGCUCUCCAUGGAUCAGGUUCCCUACCCCUGCUUUAUAUGAUCACGACCUAGCUGGCAUGGUAAAGAUUGGGUCGCGGUUCAAAAAGGUUGAAAAGCACUCCCCUAUAAGUAUCGAGAUGCACCCAGAUUGACGUGCGGUGGUCCCAGUUCCAAACGCGUGCAAUUAAUUACAGUACUUUAUUAAUGAAUGUCACGAUAUUUUAUCUAAUUUUAAUAAAAACAUUUAAUACUUGUAAAGGUUUUAUACCGACAUAAAAAUAUAACUUUUUAAUUGUUUUUACUCAUGUUUAUAUUAUUUGUAUGUUACCGAAUUAACGUUUCUGCAUACUAAAUGUUUUUUAUGCAUUUGCUUAUUGGAUAUACUUGGCCUAUCAUACAACCAGACAUGCUAUCAAAUACCAGCCUUUUCAUUGUAUUUUCACACGUCCUUUGUAAAUCGGUCCUUUGUUGCACACAAUUAAAAAUGUAAAAAAUAUUUUAAUCUAUGGUUCUAAUUUCCUGCAACGAAUAAACUUACAUUUCCUCUUGUC